GCGUGGGCGGCGCUGAUCUCGGUGCGUCUCCUUUCCUCUCCUCCACCCACAAAUCCCUCUCUACCUCCAGCCCACGCACCCACGCCUCCUGCCCUUGACGAGGAAGAGCAGAAGCAGCAUUGAUGUGUUCCCGUUUUAAGCGCACAGUGACCCAUCUUUCAGCGUCCGACUGCGUUUUCCGAGCGUCUCCGUUUCUCCAUGCGCGCGCCGCGGCUCAGAUGGGAGACGUAAGUGAAGCUUCUGACUGGCACGGGAACGCACGCGGUGGGUCUCUCUGGUGGGCCAUCCCGAGCACGGGAUGCUGAACGGGAGCCGCGAGGGUUUGUUUGAACUAGGCAGGCAGCUCCAGCAGGACGGAGACUCCCAAGCCGCACUGCACUGCUUUCUAAGCUGCCUGCUGGGACUCACACAUGUGCAGAGCUUCCACUCGCUUCCCAACUGCCUGCAUCAGAUUGCUGAACUUUACAUUGAUGAGAAGAACUAUGGGAAAGCUCUGCAGUUCAUUCAGGCGGAGAAGAUGUUCUAUGAAGUGGCAUUGAUCGAGCUCACAUCGCUGCAGGCCAGCACAGGGUCUCAGGAAGACGGGACAUUGGGGUCGUCAGGAUGUCUGUCUCAAGAGGAGCUAUCAGAACAGGCUUCACAGGCCCAGGAUCUUGAGAGACUGGCGCAGCUCUGCAUCAUGAGCAAAAGACCCCAUCUUGCUUUGGAAUACAGUGGCAAGGCCACUAAAAUCCACCAGCGAGCGUUAGGUAACGAUCAUCCCAUCACAGCGCGGAGUCUGGAGCUGCUGGCGACCGUCUAUGCUGAGAUUGGCAAGACAGAAUAUACAAAUUCGUUGGGAGAGUGUGUGUCGACACUAUCCAAGAGGUUCUCAGCCACAGAGUCUUUCAGCGAUGCUCUGAGCAGCAUCUCUUAUAGCCAUAAAGACAGAAACUCUGAGCUACGACACAGAAAAGAGCCAUACACACUACAAGACACUCUUAAAACUAAGGUCAUACAUGAAAAACUGCCCACCUCUAUCCUAAAAAGGUCAAAUGUGAGCAAUGUGGAGUCAGACCCAUCGCGCAAGAGAAAAACUGAGAGACGGGUUCGCUUCAGAGAGCCAGAGAUCACUGUUCAUGACAUUCCGUAUUAUGACUGUUUAGGAGUAUACGACACCCCACAGAGCCGUUUGCACCUGGCCCUGCUGACCUGUCUGUUCCUGCUGCUGUCAGCGUUGGGUCUAGCAUUAUACUGUACGGACCGCCGGAGACCCCAGCGAGCCUGCGAAGAGCUGCAGACGGCGCUGGCUGUGUAUCUGCUUCAGUUCAAACAGAUUGUUUGGGCCUGCUGGAUCUGGCUGACCAUGCAAUGACCAUAACUGACCAGCAUCGAGCAAUGAAAGGAAAAAAAAAAGGUCGACAUGAUUUUUGAAAGACUGCAGAGGAAGUUAAUGUUGUUAUUGCUUUGUUUUCACUGUUCUAAUCAGACUGGUCACCAGUUUAAAUCUCUUGAGGAUGUUCAACAUCCACCUCCAUUUGAAGGCCAUUUGCUUCUCCACACCAUUAAAUGAGGGUGUGUUUUUUUGCCCUUUAUGGUGGCACAGUUAAUGCCACAUCCUCAUUAUACAGAGUCGUAUAUAUAUAUAUAUAUAUAUAUAAUCAGGUCUCUGUAGCCCUUUGUCCUUGUAUAGCGGUUCUAGACGAUACGUUUUAAAGCAUCGGUUGGUCCAAAGAAUUUGUGCAGCAAUAGUCAUUAAAACCUUUAUACUGGGAAACCUACUGUACUGUUAAUACAGAACACGAAUGAAUUAAUGCAGUAUGUCACUGUUAGAGCCCGACUGAUUCAUUGGCAGGUCAUUGAUUUAUUAUCAUUCAAAUUAGGCAUGUGAUAUAUACCGUAUUGGUCUUUAAUGUGCAAUACAGUGUUUAAAAAAAGCACCAUGUAACAUAUUACAUGAUCACCAAAACACAUAAAGAUCUGACACACCGCAUGUGCUUAGAGAAUGCGUAACUGCAUGGCUGGACCAUUUCCUGCUAGUGAUGUUCUUUGCUAAUAAUAUUUUGUAUUAAAAUUUAGUCAAGUUCUGAAGCACUAUUUUGUGAUAUGAUAUAAAUAAGUAACAAUGUAAGGGCUUAUUGAUUUAAAAAGAGUACAUUUAAAGGGAAAGUUCACUCAAAGAUGAAAAUUCUGUCAUCAUUUACUCAGCCUUCACCUGUGCCAAAGUAGUUUGACUUUCUUCUGUUAAGAAAUUUGGAAACCUGUAAUCCUUUACUUCUAUGGAUGUGAAUGGUUACCAGUUUUCAGCUUUUUUCAAAAUGUCUUCUUUUGUGUUUAACAGAGAAAUGAAAGUCAAAAGGGUUUGGAACCACAAGAGGGUUAGUAUAUAGUGAGUACAUUUUAAUUUUUAGGUGAACUGUCUCUUUAAGAAUCUGUAGCAAAUGUUUACUGAAAUGCAAAAUUUAUACAGGAUUGGUAUGGGAAUCUGUUCAUCCUCCAAUAUCGCGUUCUACAAUGGAUUUUCACAUCUUAGGUUGUGUUCACACUUGACAGAGUUGGUCUAAUUUAAACAGCUCUAGUCAAAAUGCUGUUUAUUUGAAUAUGAUGAAUGCUGGAAUCUAGUGAUGUGACGCUGUGCACCAAGGCGUCAAAGCAUGUUUAAAAAAUAAUCUCACAAUGAAGCAGUGUACCAGAGCUUAAUUAAUUUUGCCAUAAUCACAUGAUCAGUGAUGUCCGAAGCUUCAUUUUUGCCUAUACCCUGGUGACUGCUUCGAAUUUUGAAUCAAAGGUUUAAACACCCUAGUGGGUUAUUAAAAUGUAUAACAAGAGAUGAGGCGUCAGUUAUUUACAUUUCUACUAUUUCAAAGCACUGCACUGGUCCCAUGCACCAGUAGUUCAACUAAAAUACAAUAGUAAUUUUUAGUUAAAAACUUUUGAACCAUACUAAAGUGUAUUAGUUGAUUUACUUAUUUAACUAUUUUUAAUAAAUGCUAAAACAUGGUGUUUUAUAGUGUAAAACUGAGGCCAGCUGGCGAGUUCAGCGCAAAAGCUUCGGUACCAUAGCCUCCUCUUUCGAGCAUUCACCUUGCAUGCAGCAAUCCCUGAUUUGAUUCUUGUUUGAACCGAGUGGGUGCAGGAGCAGUUGGAAUACAAUAAACGUAAAUAUUUUUGAACACAUUGAUUUUACUAC